AUGUGUGACGAGGUGGCGCCCGGUCUCAGCCCUCUGGGCGCGGAGGGCCGAGCGGCGCCGGCAGCGGGGCGAAGCCGGCUGCUGACGGCCACACGGUGGAGCACGGCAGGCACAACCCCUGCGCGCCUGCCCUUCAGCGUAGCGGAGCAGGCCGCCCCCCUCGCCCCCGCCCGUGCGCCGGGACCGGCAGAGGCGGCGGAGCCUGUGCCGGCACGGGGGUGCUGCGAUGCCCGGCGCGGCCCCGCGGGGAUGCCGGCACCCACCGCCGCCCCUCCCGGCUGCGGAGCCGCGGACGGUGCCCGAGACCCGGGCCCGGGCCUGAGCCCCUCCGGGCGGCUGGCGGCGGCCGUCUGCCCGGGGGCCGUGGGCAGCCCGGGCUUCUGCGGCAACCUGCUGGUGGUGCCGCUCGUCUGGCGUUACCGGCCGCCGCGCUCCCCCGUCAACCUGCUGCUGCUCAACGUCGCCCUCAGCGACCUGCCGGCCCGCGCCCUGGGCACCCCGCUCGGCCUGGCCGCCGCCGCCGCCGCCCGGGCCGCCCGCGCCUGGCACGGCUUCGCUGCCGCCCUCUCAGGCAUCGUCUCACUCAUCUCCCUGGCUGUACUUUCUUAUGAACGUUACUGCACCAUGACAGGAAUGACUGAGGCCGAUACCACAAACUACAGGAAAACAUGGACAGGCAUCAUCCUGUCCUGGACGUACUCCUUGGUCUGGACUGCCCCCCCCCCCCUUUUUGGCUAGAGCAGUUACAGGCCAGAAGAACCAGAGACAAUGUGCUCCAUGAACUGGCAUUCAAAGGACGCUAACAACGUAUCCUACAUCAUAUGUCUUUUCAUCUUUUGCCUUGUAAUCCCUUUUGUCAUUAUUGUUUAUUCAUACGGGAAGCUGCUGUGUGCUAUAAGGCAGGUGGGCGGCAUCAAUAAAGGGAUGGGCCGGACCCGGGAGCAGUGCAUCCUGGUCAUGGUGGUGGUGAUGGUAAUUUGCUUUCUCCUUUGCUGGCUGCCGUAUGCAACUGUGGCACUUAUAGCUACGUUUGGGAAACCUGGUCUCAUCACCCCGGCUGCCAGCGUCAUCCCAUCCAUCCUUGCCAAAAGCAGCACAGUCUAUAACCCCAUCAUCUACGUAUUUCUGAACAAACAGUUUCACAGGUGCUUUUGGGCGCUUCUGAGAUGCAAGAAAGCAACCGUGAACUCCAGCAGCAAGUCCUCAUCCAGGUCCUGCCACACGCUGCAGCGGGCGCAGGGCGACGCCGGCCCCGCGGCAGCUGCCUCGGCCAGGCAGCCCUGCGGCGAGAGCCCGGACCCCGCCGGGAACGCGCACCCACCUCCGGAAGGGACCCCAACAGCUAAAAGAGCUGUGCUGGUGGCUCACUACGGCGGGCCAACACCACGGCCUGCCACUGCGUUUGGGGAGUUUGAGUCCAGACGUGAGAGUUUUGCCAAAUAACCUUGGUUUGUGGCAUCGUUUCUAAUGAAGACUUGCCUGUCUGCUUCCUCAGAGGUUGGUUUCACCAAUAAGCCAUUUCCCCGUUUCUCAAAGACUCUUCCCUAAUCAAAA